GCUCAUUUUGCGCCAUUUUGUCCGCACCACUGUGUUGAUUGGGUUUUUGAGAUCUGUUGUGGAGCCAAUCAGAAGGGUACCGGACAACCGGAGAAACGGUGAGGAAGGAGAGAUGGAACAAUAUACAACUACAACCGGGGAUCAGAUAGUGGUGCAAGCUGCCAAUGGGCAAAUCCAGCAGCAGGCUCAGGGCACCGUAACUGCAGUACAGCUGCAAACAGAAGCACCUGUCGUUACGGCAACAGGCCAGCAAGUGCAGACGCUCCAGGUAGUCCAGGGUCAGCCAUUGAUGGUCCAGGUGAGUGGCGGGCAGCUGAUUACAUCCUCAGGUCAGCCCAUCAUGGUACAGGCCAUGUCCGGAGCUCAGGGCCAGACCAUCAUGCAGUUGCCUGUGUCUGGAGCUCAAGGCCUUCAGCAGAUCCAGUUGGUUCAGCCGGGUCAGAUUCAGUUGCAGGGAGGUCAAACUCUGCAGCUGCAGGGUCAGCAGGGUCAGACUCAACAGUUCAUCAUACAGCAGCCCCAGACUGCCAUUACCGCCGGCCAGAACCAGGGGCAGCAGAUAACAUUACAAGGACAGCAAGUUGCCCAAACAGCUGAAGGACAGACCAUUGUAUACCAGCCUGUGAACGCUGAUGGCACAGUUCUGCAGCAGGGCAUGAUCACCAUCCCAGCAGGCUCCCUGGCAGGCACUCAGAUUGUCCAGGCUGCAGGGGCCGCUAACACCUCCACAACCAACAGCGGGCAGGGCACAGUCACAGUUACUUUGCCAGUAUCCGGAAACAUGGUGAACACUGGGGGAAUGGUCAUGGUAAGACCUCCUGAUGAGAUGAUGCCGGGUGGUGGUACUGUGCCAGCCAUCCAAAGAAUCCCUCUGCCAGGAGCCGAGAUGCUCGAAGAGGAGCCGCUGUAUGUUAAUGCCAAGCAAUAUCAUCGUAUCUUAAAGAGACGGCAAGCUCGUGCCAAGCUGGAGGCAGAGGGAAAAAUCCCUAAAGAAAGAAGGAAAUACCUUCACGAGUCGCGUCACAAACACGCCAUGCAGCGGAAGCGUGGUGACGGGGGGCGCUUCUUCUCCCCUAAAGAGAAAGAAGAAAUGGCCUUGGCCAUGCAGGAGCAACAGGACCAGAACCAGACUGGAGACGAGGUUGUGGCCCAGAUGAUCCGGGUGUCCUAGCACUAGGACUGCUACCAUUUUUAGAGACUCUGAAGGCCCAAAUUUACACCAUUGUGAAUCUCCAAUGCAACACUAACAGUCCUAAUUCAUCAUUACCUGUGUUUCUCCUGUCUCAUGUCUUCCACUGAAGGGAGGGGCCCUGUUUUCUGUUUUCUCUCUAUGGUCUGCUAUUGCUCCUGAGGACGCAUAUAAAAAGAGCCAUUACUGUUAAUGUACAGCAUAAUGAAUUCAGCUUGCUGUUUAAAAAGCAAUUCAAUAGCAAAGCGUAAAUUGACCCACAGAGACAGAGAAUACGCAGCCAACCAAGGACUCAUUUACCAUGAUGGUUCUCAAAGGUGGCAGUAGAAGCUCCUGUAGUGUUGUUCAGGCUAUGUGUACAUGUUUGGCAUGGGGAAAAGAGCAUCGGGGAAACAAUAAAGGCAAAAGGGCAACAUUUUUGGGAAAUCAGUCCUAGUCACCAAGGAAACACUGAGCAUAUAGGGGUGUCCUUGUUUCCCUAGCUUUUAUCCAGGUUUCCCUUAACAUGAAUUCAUUUUAGUGUUUUGAAAAAAUGAUCAUUUGUAAUUGAUACAACUAUCAUUUGUGAGUGAGUUUUGUGUAUCCAGUGACCUGUCUUCCCACCUCAUCUAGUUCCUACUUGGAAAUGUGAAUACUCUUGAGUUAUUGUUUUGGAUAUUGAAGUAGUCUAACCUGUAUUUUGAUAAAAGUUGUGUGUGAAAUGCAUUGCGAAAGAUC